AUGACUGUACUUAACGUCAGGGGAAACCUUUACCUUUUUACUAUGUAUUUGAUUGCUAAAUCCUUGUGACAAAUAUAGAAAGUCAUGGAAAGCCACAAGGAUCUAUGCUACACAGUUCAUCCCAAACCACUUGAAAUCAUACCCAGCCACUCCUUUCUUUGUUUUUCUUAGAUUUCUAUCAAAAUUCUGUGAAACAUAUCUUAAUAGCUGAGACCUAAAAUGAGCAAGACAGAUGAGAUUCUUCUGAAUAUGAAUUCUGUGCCUCAUUCAGCACAGUAUUCUUACAAUCUGCUAGCAUAAGGAUUUUGCUCACAAGUCAUUUCUGGGGCUGGGUAGUGGGUGAGGGAGAAUAAUGUAGAAAGGAAGAUAUGUAGGUCAGAGAAAGACAUAAUUACUGUGAAUUUAGCUGUGCAGUUACAGUGCUUUUCUCCAACCUAAUUAUGUGUGUUCAUUCUUUCCUGUGUUACGGUUCCAGACAUGUGUGAAUGAGGGCCAAAUAAUUAGGUUGCAAUUGCUUCUCGCUUGUAGUUUGUGCUUGGCUUUGACUACAUAAAGGCUUGAAUAAAUACCGAAUAUUCCCUAGAGAGUACCUGCUGGUUGGGAAGAGUACAGCCAAAUUGAGACUCAGCUUCAAACCCACCCACCCCAACAUUAUUUUCAGAUAGAGUAAUUGAUGAAAUUGCAAUCGCGGGCUCUGUUUUGUUCUUCCAUCCAGUGAUUCGUGUCAAAAAUUGUGCCAAUAUGAAUUUUGCAUUCUGGUACAGGUGGUGCAUAUUCACUUCCUCCCCAUCCUUUUUGUGGGCUGAUUGCCUUCACGCAGGAAGCCACCAACGUCGUCGCCACCUCCUCCUCAAAAGCAGAACCUUCCUCCUCUGGCCGCUUAAUUAGCAUGACUAGUUUGAUGGAUUUAGUCAACAGUAUUUCUAAAUAGGGAUGGCGGAAGACCCUGCCCACCAGCUUUUCCCCAAACAGAAGCUCCUUUUGACCCAUAACCCUUACUACUUUGCUAGGCACAUUCAAACAAGUGUUGCUUCUGAUUAAUUGAUCAAAAGGGGUUUAUUUUGGCCUCUUGGCUGUGUACCAGGGAGCAAGCCUUUGUCCUAAUAUUCCUAGCACCACCCCUCCUUGUAAGUUUGAAAUGUGAGAUGCCUGGAUUUUUUUCCUCCCUCUCCCUCUCUUCUCUUUCUCUCUCCCUUCUGGCAAAGUGGCUGUGUGUCUGCUUGUGUGUAUCUGUGUCUAGGAGUGUGUGUGUGUGCGUGCCGACGCAUGUAAGUGAUAGAUGGGUAUAAUGGGAGAGCAAAGGGAUGGACCACUAGAGACAGAAAAAGGAAACCUUCAGUACCAGUAACAUGCAGUUGAGCGCUGCUCUCAUCGUGGUGUGAGGAGUUGGGAAGGUUGCUGCUUCUGCGCCACCAGAAAAGCCGCCAAAACGACCCUCCAGGCAAGCUCCCCAUGCAACCACCCAUGAACUCGAUGAGCUCAAUGAAACCCUCCCUUUCACACAGGUGCAUAUGUGACGGCUGCCAUCUUGACAGACCCCAGAGAUUGAAACGGGGACCUCCAGAACUGAAAGCUGAUGGGUCUUUCUCUUAUGAUUCUGUUCCUUGGCAGCAAAACACCAAUCAGCCCCCAGGCUCCUUAUCAGUGGUCACUACAGUAUGGGGUGUGACUAAUACUUCCCAGAGCCAGGUUCUAGGAAAUCCCAUGGCUAAUGCUAACAAUCCUAUGAAUCCAGCAGGAAAUCCCAUGGCUUCUGGGAUGACAACCAGUAAUCCUGGCAUGAAUUCACCUCAGUUUGCUGGGCAACAGCAGCAGUUCUCAGCCAAAGCUGGCUCCAAUCAGCCAUAUAUGCAGCAAGGCAUGUAUGGACGGCCCAACUAUCCAGGGAGUGGAGGCUUCGGGGGAAGCUACCCUGGAGGCCCCAAUAACCCUGCCGGGAUGGGUAUCCCACCUCAUACCAGGCCGCCUGCCGAUUUCACUCAACCAGCUGCUGCCGCUGCUGCUGCAGCAGUUGCAGCAGCUGCUGCCACAGCCACAGCUACAGCCACAGCAACCGUUGCAGCCCUCCAAGAAACACAGAACAAGGAUAUGAAUCAGUAUGGACCGGUUUGUUCCUCUUUCCAGAUGGGUCCGACUCAAGCUUACAACAACCAGUUCAUGAACCAGCCUGGCCCUCGUGGCCCUGCCUCCAUGCCGGGCAGCAUGAACCCUGCAACUAUGGGAGCAGGCAUGACGCCGUCCAACAUGAGUGGGCCACCUAUGGGCAUGAACCAGACCAGACCGCCUGGAAUGAGUCCUUUCAACCAUGGCCAAAGGAUGCCGCAGCAGGCCUACCCUGGCCCACGCCCCCAGUCUCUGCCCAUGCAAAGUAUGAAAAGACCAUAUCCAGGGGAGCCAAAUUAUGGAAACCAGCAGUAUGGACCAAAUAGCCAGUUUCCAUCCCAGCCUGGUCAGUAUCCAGCUCCCAAUCCUCCACGACCCCUUACAUCUCCCAACUACCCUGGACAAAGAAUGCCAAACCAGCAAAACACGGGACAAUAUCCACCUCCAACAGUCAACAUGGGACAAUAUUACAAACCAUCAAGGCCUGUUCCUGUGGCAAAUUACCCUCAUUCGCCUGUUCCAGGAAAUCCCACGCCACCAAUGACACCAGGGAGCAAUAUUCCUCCAUACCUGUCCCCAAAUCAGGAUGUCAAACCUCCAUUCCCUCCUGACAUUAAACCAAAUAUCAAUGCUUUACCACCACCUCCAACCAACCAUAAUGAUGAACUGCGCCUGACGUUCCCUGUGAGAGAUGGAGUUGUAUUAGAGCCCUUCCGGCUGGAGCACAACUUGGCAGUCAGCAACCACGUCUUUCACCUACGGCCCACCGUCCAUCAGACGCUAAUGUGGAGGUCAGACUUGGAACUUCAAUUCAAGUGCUACCACCAUGAAGACAGACAGAUGAACACCAACUGGCCAGCAUCAGUCCAGGUCAGCGUCAACGCAACUCCACUUACCAUUGAACGUGGCGACAACAAGACAUCGCAUAAACCCUUGCACCUAAAACACGUCUGUCAGCCGGGAAGAAACACGAUUCAAAUUACCGUCACAGCAUGCUGUUGUUCACAUUUGUUUGUGCUACAGUUAGUACACCGGCCAUCCGUGCGUUCAGUACUUCAGGGCUUACUAAAGAAACGCCUCCUUCCAGCUGAACACUGUAUCACUAAAAUCAAAAGGAAUUUUAGUAGUGUGGCAGCCUCCUCUGGCAACGCAACUCUCAAUGGUGAGGAUGGAGUGGAGCAAACAGCUAUCAAAGUGUCUCUGAAGUGUCCAAUCACAUUCCGCCGGAUCCAGCUUCCAGCAAGAGGCCAUGACUGCAAACAUGUACAGUGUUUUGAUCUGGAAUCCUACUUGCAGCUGAACUGUGAACGUGGGACGUGGAGAUGUCCUGUAUGCAAUAAAACUGCUUUAUUGGAAGGCCUGGAGGUUGACCAGUAUAUGUGGGGCAUUCUGAAUGCUAUACAAAACUCUGAGUUUGAGGAAGUCACAAUUGACCCAACUUGCAGCUGGAGGCCUGUCCCAAUCAAGUCAGACAUUCACAUCAAAGACGAUCCAGACGGCAUUCCUUCAAAGAGGUUUAAAACCAUGAGUCCUAGCCAGAUGAUCAUGCCGAACGUGAUGGAGAUGAUUGCAGCUUUGGGUCCAGGCCCAUCACCAUAUCCAUCAAUCCCACCUCCACCUGGCGGCACCAAUUCCAAUGAAUACAGCAACCAAGGUAACAAUUAUCAAGGUCACAGCAAUUUCGAUUUCCCCCAUGGGAAUCCUGGUGGAACAUCUAUGAAUGACUUCAUGCACGCACCCCAGCUCUCACACCCUCCAGACAUGCCUAGUGGCAUGGCAGCCCUUGACAAGCCCCUAAGUCACCCCAUGCAAGACCCUAUCCCUCAUCCCGGCAGCACUGAUCAGUCCCAUAGUUCCAUGCAGCAAGGUUUGCACGUACCUCAUCCCAGCAGCCAGUCAGGGCAGCCAUUGCAUCACAGCGGUCCUCCUACCCAGCCAUCCCGGCAGCCACAGCAGGCCGCGGCUAGCAACCAUCCACACAAUGACCUGGCCUUUAACCCUUCCUCCGCCUUAGAAGGUCAGGCUGGUGGCCAGGGAGCAUCUGACAUGCCGGAGCCUUCGCUGGAUCUGCUUCCAGAACUCACGAAUCCAGAUGAGUUACUUUCAUACUUGGAUCCUCCUGACUUACCAAGCAAUAGCAAUGAUGACCUUCUCUCUCUCUUUGAGAACAACUGAAGCCUUCUGUAUUUUGUCCCUCACCUCUCUCACCUGUUUGACACAUUUGUAGCCUCACAGUGAGGAAUCCCAAGCCAACCUUUUCCACAAAGACAAACUCACAACUUGAGCGAAUGGUGCACACUCCCUACUUUCUUCAUCUCAGAACUGCUUGAGUCAAGCUUUGUUCAUUGUAGCGGGGAAAAGGCAAGAGGACAAUAAGGCGGUGACCUCAGAAACUGACACUCCGCAUUGCAAACCAUUUGUGCAGCAGUAGAAGGCCUCGCUUGUCAAAUUUGCAGAGAAAGAGAACAUGGUUUUGGUGUGCAUAGUGUGAGGCGCAUCCCAAGAGAAAUCCGUCUGACAAGGGAAGAAAGAAAAGGCAGCAGAACUAUUCUAAAUGACCAGUUUCAGAAUGUCCUUCCAACUCGUGUUCUUCCAUGGGUUUUCCCUCCCUUUUGCUGCAGUGUCUGUUCCAAUGUAUUCCUUCCCAGGUUGUGCAGGCCUUUUUUCUAUACAUUUCUGACACAUAGAAUAAGGAUAAAAUUUGGCAGCACGUGCAGACUAGCCAAAUAAACUCAGAACCAUCAAACACAUACCAAAAAGCACAAAAAAUUAAUACAGUUGUUGUAAGUUGGAUAAAAAUUCAAAAUGCAUAAAAGGGGGGCAUCAGUUGUUUUUAACUGUGUAUUCUCCAUGGUAGAAGAGUUCUGUGAAUCUCCAGGCUGUGGCAAGUGUGGGUUUUUUUCUAAAUUGUAGCAGUCUUUUUUAUUAUUACUUUUAUUAAUCUUGUGGGCAGAAUAACUCUUUUCCUUUAACACAGAGUCUUGGACAACUUGUUUUCUUCUGUCCUGCUCAUUUAUUUUCUUUGUCUUUUCUUAAAGGAAGUUGAUUUCAAAAUAACACUUUUUGUAAUAAUAUAGCCAGACAUUUUUUUAAAGAAAGGGUGGGAGGGAGCCAUAUUUGCGUAUGAAAUGGGGAAAAGAGAAUCACUACAAAAUGUCACCAAAUGUUUUCCGUUUUUUUAAUAUGUAAGGAGCAGACCAUUGCUCAAUUUCCAUCAGAAAAAUGUGGCAAAGAUGUGAGAUAAUACCUCUCGCUUCAAAAUGAAGGAAAAGGAGGAGAUGAAAACUGCCCUCUCGUUUGCAGUAGUUGACCUGAAAAUGGCAUUUGUAGUGGGAGGGACAUCUUACAUCUCCUCACUUUCUUUGUUGUUUUUCCAGGUUGUGUUAUGUGCUCAGCCUUUUCAUUUUCUUUUUCAAAGAAAGAUUUGGUUGUAUCAUCUAGCUGCCAGGACCAUCACCCUUUCUUUUUAAGAUGAUAUUUCCAAGGAUAAAGGGCACGAGAAGAAUAAGUCAGUUUGGUGCAGUAGUGUUGCAAGAUUCUUGUGCCACAAUGCUUCCGUCGUAUUUGUGCUUCUCAUGUGGUUGCUUCCCUCUUGCAUGAGCUUCCAGUUGCUUCUGGGCCCAUUUCUGUGCUCUCCGUCGUUCUCUGUUUAUAAAUUAUGUAUAGUAUCUCUGUGUUAAGACGUGCAUGUGUGCCAACUCUGCCCUUGUGGGGCCAACAUUUCAUUUUCUGCCUACUGUGUACAGAUAUUUCUAAUUUUGUGAAUAGAGAAACCUUGAUUGCUUCCUCCCUUGUCCAGAAACAAAUCAAAUAUGCCCAUAUUUGAUUUCAGCAGUAGGCCUUCAACUUUGUCCCAAAUGAACUCUUGCUUGUUGGUUUCAGUGUGUGAAGCCUGCCCACCGUAUCCUCCGUGAAUGGCGUGACAUGUGCAUUCCAUUCUGAAUUUCCUCUCUUCACCAAAGUCAUGCUUGUAAAUUCGUUGAACGUUUGUUCUUAGCAUCUUCCACCACUGCUGUAUAUGCAUCUUGUUUUUAUAUAUAUAUAGUCCACAGCACCUUGCUGUAGAUAUUACAGGAAAUGGCAGUUUUAGUUCCUGUUAAUUUUCAGUAGGAGUGUUGACUUUGUAAAACAUUUUAUGUAGAGAUAUUUCUACAUUUACUUUCUCCCCCAAACCCUUUUAUUGCAUUUCCUUUUAUUUUUUUCAAAAGAAGUGCUGUUCAUUAUGCAAAAUCAAUUACUUUCAGAAUUACUAUUGUAAAUACCUUUUGUGAAUAUUUUAGAAUUGUCUUUGAUUAUUAUAAUCAGCAUUUUCAUGAUCUGGUUAUACAUGUGUUUUAAAUUGCAUAGUCCAGGAACAGAAGUGGGUCCCCUCCUCCUCCUCCCGUUUCCCCCCAUAAAGCUUUCUCAGAGCAUUUUGUUUUGAAAAACUAGCCCCAAAUAAUUAUACAAACAAAUUUAAUACAUCUGCCAGUGUCAUAAGCUACCAUGCCCUAGGAAGAGCAAUUUCACCUAUAGUUUGCUCUGUUUACUAAAGUUCUUUCUCAGACUGCAUUGAGUAGGGUUUGUACGAUAGUAGCUUUCCCCUGCACUUUUCUGCAUCUGUAAUGUAACUACUGAAAUCAUUUGUAUCGGCUGCUAGGAAUAAUCAAAUUUGUGCUGCCCCAUUUCUCUUGUUUAUUUUGGGUUUUUUUUAUCUAGGUGUAACACCAUUUGCCUACUAAACCAAACAUAGCAUAUUAGUUACAUACCAUAUACAAUGCCCUGUCUGAGGCUCAGUGAAAUUACUUUUUUUCCUAUUUGCCAAAAGAUUGAAUUUUCAGUUGCCGACGAGGCUGGUGGACUUGAUGGGUACAUGUUGUGUGUGCCACAGUUGAGCCAUGUUGUUCGUUUUGGUCUGUUCAGAAUGUGUUAUUGAUUUUUCAAAUUUAUCCUCUAAAUAUUUGAACAGGAAUCCCUCCCCACACACACACACACAAUUUUGCUGGAACCAGAAUCAAUUUCCUAAGAACAAUCUAAAUCACUGGUUCCCAACCUGGCUCUCCAGGUGUUUUGGACUUCAGCUCCCACAAUUCCUACUAGCUGGUAAACUGGCUGGGAUUUCUGGGAGCUGAAGUCCAAGACCUGGAGGACCAAAAGUUGAGAACCACUGACCAAAUGAAGCAUAUAAAAACCUAUUCAGACAUUUCACUGGAACCAGAAUCAGUUUCCUAAUAACAAUCUAAAUGCAGAAUAUAAACACCCAGUCAAAUGUUUCAGUUGAUUCUGGUUAAAGAUUAACUUUUCCUAGGAACAGUCUAAAUGCAGCAUAUAGACAUACAAGGAGAAAGAUCCUUGGGGUACUGACUGCAGUUUUUAAAAUAAGGUUUUCCAGUUCCAAAAGCUAUUUUCUCUAGCAGCAACAGAAAUCAAUGUAAAUGUUUGACAGCCGUAGAUUUCCUGUAUAACUUCUGCAGAAAGAGGUCAUAGGUUGACCAAAAGUCAAGGGCUACCUGCGCUGGGUUUGUGAACAGAUGAAAGCGGCUGCCAAGAUCCAGCCAUGCACUUGCAUGUCAUUUUUUUCAAGGGCAUAUUUAGCAUAUGGGCAUCUUUUGUAAAGCCAGGCAGAAAUCCCCCUGCCCAAACACAUAAAGGUUACUCAUCAGGAUAUAAAAUUACAUGGACUGUCUUUAAAAAGGGGGGGAAAAUUAAUCUGUACACUGCCAAAAUCUUUAAAAUAAUGUGCUGCACAAUCCCAUUACAUUUGAUAGGGAUCUACUAAAAGAGAACCCUAUUAAAUGUAAUGGGCUUCCUCCCAGGUAACUGUAUGGGACUGUAGCCUUAGUAAAUUAAUUUUGUGUCUGGAGAGGGGGAAAUUUACUUCCCACAGUAUUUUUAUUCACUAUUGUUUCAGGGGCAUUUGGGUUGAUUUUGUUUUUAACUGUUUCCCUAUAGACACCCACCCGGAAAAAAACCCUACAAAGAUUUAUCGUUCUACUGCCAAGACAUUGUUAUUAUUGUUAUUAUAGGAUAAUGAAAACACACUAAUGUCUGCAGUGGAGACACCAGGGACAUGUGUACAUAUGUAAAUGGAAAAUAGAGACAUGUUAACAGAAAUGCAUUCAUUUUAAUUGGAAUGUGCAUUGUUUUUAUUUCACAGGAAAAGAUAAAUCUUGGAGAUCCAUCUUAUGUGGAAAAUGAAUCCCGUUUGUUAGCGUUUGUGAAGUCUCCACAUUUGUUUCACUUCUUGUAAUAUACUCUGGAUCCUUUGUGAAAAUAAUUUUUGUUGCUUUUUCGUUUUGUUUUGGUUUACCUUCAAGUAAUAAUUAGCUUAAAUGUAUUAGUCUUAUCACCUGUGUAUUUUUAGGGUGCUAAAACAAUGAAGAAUAAAGGGGAUUAAAUAAUAAAAAAAAGAUUGUAACCAAAUUCAUACUUUGUACAAUUUUUUGAUAUUGUGAUCAGAGGAGAAUAAAAAAAGUACAAUCUGAAUUAACAUGCAAAAAUGGCCAUUGUCUUUGUUUGUACAUUGUAUGUACAGUACAAUGCAAUCAUUUCAUACUUUAAAACUGGUCAGAAAAAAUAAUUGUGAUUUUUAGUCUUGCAAAACUGUAUGUAGUUAGAUGAUGUGACAACCUAAUAUUUAUCUAAUAAAUAUGUAUUCAAAUGAAACCUGUAUAUUAGGUGUUCAUGUUGUUAUUUUGUAUUUAAAUAAAUCAGAUUGACUAUCGCUAGACAUUUAUAUACUUUCUUGUAACACUGAAAGUACUUUCAUUUUGCUCAUGUUAUUUUUUUCCUAAAUAAAUUUGGAAAAUUA